AUGGAGCAGUCGAAGAGGGUGCGCGAGACAGCGGAGUCGGGGGUGAACAUGGCCAUCCCCUACCUCAAGGGUGGCCCCGACGACAUCAACAUGGGCCAGGGCAUGGUCUACUGGCCCCCUCCCGCAGCGAGCCUACAAGAGGUGCUGGCCCAGGUCCCCGCCGACGUGCACAGGUACGGCCCGAUCGAAGGCCUGCCGGCCCUGCGCGAGGCCCUGCUGAAGAAGUGCCGGGAGCGCAACGGCAUCGAAGGCAAGGAGAUACACAUCACCUGCGGCGGCAACCAAGCGUUCAUGAGCGUGGUGAUGACGAUCUGCGAUGUGGGGGAUGAGGUGAUCAUCUUCACGCCGUACUACUUCAACCACCUCAUGGCCCUGCAGCUCAUCAACGCCAAGGCUGUGUUGGCGCCGUGCCGACCGGAUGACCUAACGCCGGACCUGUCGGUGCUGCCGUCGCUGAUUACACCCAAGACCAAGGCCAUCGUGCUCAUCUCGCCCAACAACCCCACCGGCGCCAUCACCCCGCCCGAGACCAUCCAAAAGAUACAACAGCUGUGCCUCGAUAAAGGGCUGUGGCUGGUCGCGGACGAGGCCUACGAGGACUUUGUGUUCGACGGGGCUACGCACCGGUCGCCCACGGGACCGAACGUGAUCAACAUCUUCACCUUCUCCAAGAGCUACGGCCUGGCCGGCUGGCGCGUCGGCUACGUCCUCUUUCCGCCCGAGCUCAAGGAGGGCAUGGACAAGGUGCAGGACACGGUGCCGAUCAACGCGUGUCAGAUAUCCCAGCGGCUGGCUCUGCACGCGCUCACCAACGCCGGCCCGCAGUGGGUCGCCCAGAUGGUCGCCACGCUCCAGCGCAACAGGGAGUUGGCUUGGGACGCUGUGGAGCCGCUGCGGACGCACCACGAGCGCCAGGGGCGGACGGCGCCCGGGGUGGGCUCGCUCUACGUGUUCGCCAAGCUGCCCGAGGGCGUGGACGACAUGGCGGCCAUCAAGUACCUCUCGCACCAGCACAAGGUCUGUGUGCUCCCCGGCAAAGGCUUUGGGGCGCCGGGGCACCUGCGUGUGUCCUUUGGCAAUCUGCCGCCGGAGUUGUGCGAACAAGCAGCGCUCCGCCUCAAGCAGGGCCUCCAGGACAUCGUCGAUGGCAAGCUUUCGCUUUAG